AUGUCGGCAGACGUAGAGAAUGGAUGGCAUGCCUGCAGCCACGGGAGCAACGGUGUCGAAACAGAGGCCGUUUAUUCGUUUCACAAAGCCAACAUCCACGAGCGCCGCCGUGCAGCCACCUUUGCAAGAUUGGUUCCUCUGCUUUUCUUCCUGCUGGUGACUUCGCUGGUGGCUCUUGGCUUCGUGCUGUCAACGAGACUUUUGUUGAGCAUCUGCGCUAUUUUGAAUGCCAGUCUGUGCAUUGGAAUGAGCUGCAGAGGCAUUCUGUGCCUGCUUGGUGUCCGCAAGAUGGCGUUGGAACUGCAGAACGAGGCAGCCGAAUUGCACGAGGACGACGUUCAACAUCUGAUCGUCAUAGCCAAUUACAAGGAGGCGGAAGGGUUGUCCUUGCUCGGCCUUGCAGCCAUUAUCUACUACUCCGUCUGCGGAGGGCCAUACGGUGUUGAGGAUGCCGUUUCCGCUGCUGGGCCGUUGCUAUCCCUCACAGGCUUCUUGGUGAUGCCCGUGAUCUGGUCAAUUCCUGAAGCGCUGGUUACCGCUGAGCUGGCAACCUGUUUUCCCAGCAAUGCCGGCUUCGUUGAAUGGGUGACUGCUGCUUUCGGUCCUUUCUGGGGGUUUGUGGAAGGCUUUCUGUCUUGGCUGAGCGCAGUGGCAGAUGCCUCGCUGUACCCCGUGCUGUUUCGGGAUUACUUGGUCACCCUGUGGCCAGAGAUUGGGUCAGGUGUCGCCGGCCAGGCUUUUAUUGCUGCACUGACCAUCUGCAUCGCUGGCCUCAAUUAUGUUGGACUGAGCAUUGUUGGCUGGGUGGCCUUCGCCCUUGCAGGAUUUGUCCUAUCCCCCUUCGUCUUCAUCACUGCGGUCGGAGCUCCGCAGGUGGAACCAUCGAAGCUGAUGGUCUCCCCGUCAGUUUCGGACGUGGACUGGUCAGGCUUCUUGAACAUCCUGUUCUGGAACCUCAACUAUUGGGAUUCAGCUUCGACGCUCGCUGGUGAAGUGCAGGACGCAGAGCGAUCCUACCCAAGAGCUCUGGCGAUGGCAUUUGUAGCUGUGGUGUUGUCCUACUUCCUCCCACUGUUAGUUGGCCUGGGCAUACCUGGACCAACUGCUCACUGGAAGGAUUGGCAGUCAGGGGAGCUGGCACGCGUGGGCGGACAACUGGGGGGUCCAUUCGUAAAGUCGUGGGUAAUCGCUGGUGCUGCUGUCAGCUGCCUUGCGCAGCAGUUGUCAGAAAUGGCUGAAGCGUCGUUUCAGCUUCAAGGCAUGGCAGAAGACGGAUGGUUGCCCAGCUUCUUUGGGCACCGCUCCCGCUACGACACGCCGUCGGUGGGGCUCUUCUUGAUAACCGUCAUCGUCUUGGUUCUGAGCUCAUCAUCAAGCUUCACUGCGAUUGUCAAUGUGCUGAACGCGGUCUACUGCAUAGCGCAGGUCUUGGAAUUCUCUGCAUUCCUCUAUCUUAGAAGAAGGCACGACGACAUGGAGCGCCCAUACCGCGUGCCGUGCUCCUUUAAGGUGUGCUGCCUAAUGCUGGCGUUGCCCAUUUUGUUCUGCUUUGUCCUCUUGAUCUUACCUUUCUUCGCUGGAGACUGGCUACAGGUCGGCUCCAUUGUCGGCUCGGUGGUGACUGCAGUGCUGCUCCACCACAUCCUGGAGCUCUCCCGACGGCGUGGGUGGCUACUGUUUCGGAGGCAGCCGCCUAGAGGAUUGGAGGACAUUCUUGCAGAUCAAGCUUCGCACUUUGAUCCUUGCCUGGGUGGACCCGAACAGCCUGGAACUUAA